AACUUUUGCAGCGCGUGCGGCUCGCCGGCCAUGGAGCUCCGCGUGCCCGACGGCGACGAGCGGCUGCGCGCGUGCUGCAAGAGCUGCGGGCGAAUAGAGUACGUCAACCCGAAGGUCGUCGUCGCCUGCGUCGUGCUGACGGACGACGGGCGAUGCCUGCUCGCGAAGCGGGCCAUCGAGCCGCGGCUCGGGACCUGGGGCUUCCCGCAGGGCUACAUGGAGAACGGCGAGACGUCGCGCGCCGCGGCCGCGCGCGAGGUCCUCGAGGAGACGGGCGCCGUCGUGGACCCGGACGCGCUGCGCUUCUGCGGCGUCUACAACCUGCCGAACCACGUGCAGUUGGUCUACGAGGCGCGCGUCCCCGGCGCGGCGCUGGAGAGCCAGAUCGCGUCGACGACGCUCGAGUCGAGCGAGAUCGUCCUCUUCGCCAACGACGCGUUGCCCUCGCCGGACGAGAUCUGCUUCCCGACGGUGUCCUGGGCGCUGGAC